UCCAACACUCUCUCCUGUAAAAUGGUCACGUUGAUUUUGCUAGCUUGGAACUUAGAAUUGCAAUUUAAGGACUGUUACGUGACCGUUUUACAUGGGAGAGUGUUGGAGGAGGGAGCCAAAACCGCCCUCUCUGCUUCCCCCCGCCCGGAAAAGAUUCAUCCACUCUCUUUCUCGGCCCUGAAAAAUCCUCUGUUUCCGUCGAUUUAUCUGGGGAAAUCCCCUCCUUAUCCACCUUUCAGUUCGGCCUCAGAAGCAUCCACCAGCUCUCCGCGCUUUGCCUCAUUUCCGGUGAACUACGACGGUUCCCUUUCAUUGCUUAAGUUUCAGAUUCGAUCUCCGGCAGCCUUCCCACUUCUGGCUCCUCUCCAAGCUUCGGAUUCAGAUCCUUCCAGCAUCUCCUGCAACUUCUGAUUUGCCAUUCUUUCUUAGGUAAAAACUCUUCGAACUUGGAUUUGCAUACUUACGUCUCUUUCUUUGAUUUUUCUUGUCAAACAUGGAAUUUCUCGAUUUCCUUCAGUUUUAAUAUCAAGAUUUGAAGUGUUUAGGGGACUGUGUGGGUUGGACGGGCCAACCGGAUCUGACACUGCUGGGCCGCCCCCUUUCCCCUUGAUGGCGGAGAUACAAUGCUGAAAUUGAUCCUGUUUGUUAGUUUGUGAUGUUGACUGUGUAUUCUUGAUGAUUUGUUUUAUUUUUGGCAAAAUUAGAGAAAUAAUGUUAGCCUACAUUCAUAAUUUUGACCUUCGGUUUAUGAUCUUGAAUGUCUGGAUUGAAAACUAAUGUAAAAUCUAGGAAUGAGUUUUUUUCCUGUUAAUUUUCAGUUUGCUUGGAUGUUCUAGUUUACUGUAAAAAUAUAUGGCUGUGUUUCUU